GGGUCCAGCCGCGGUCGGACGGGCAAGGACGGGUCGGGCGGGUCCGAGGACCUUUCAUCCCGGCCUCGCUGCCUCCUCCCCUCCCGGGCCACCGCCGCCCCCUGACUCACCCCGGCGACGCCGUCGGCCGGGACAGGGCCCCGGGCCUCUGCCCCGCCUCCAGGGAUUCCUCAGCACCGGCUGUUGGCUGGAGGGGUUGUGAUGAUGAUAAUGAUGAUGAUGGGCCGGGGCCGGCAUGGGGAAGAGCUGCAAGGUGGUCGUGUGCGGCCAGGCGGCCGUGGGCAAGACCUCCAUCCUGGAACAGCUGCUCUACGGCAACCACGUGGUUGGUCGGAGAUGAUGGAGACGCAGGAGGACAUCUACGUGGGGUCCAUCGAGACGGAGCGGGGGGUGAGGGAGCAAGUGCGGUUCUACGACACGCGGGGGCUGCGCGAGGGCACGGACCUCCCCCGCCACUGUUUCUCCUGCACCGACGGCUUCGUGCUGGUCUACAGCACCGACAGCCGCGAGUCCUUCCAGCGCGUCGAGAUGCUCAAGAGGGAGAUCGACAGGGCCAAGGACAAGAAGGAGGUGACCAUCGUCGUGCUGGGGAACAAGUGUGACCUGCAGGAGCAGCGGCGGGUGGACCCGGACGCGGCCCAGCAGUGGGCCAAGACGGAGAAAGUCAAGCUGUGGGAGGUGUCGGUGAGCGACCGGCGCAGCCUGCUGGAGCCCUUCGUCUACCUGGUCAGCAAGAUGACCCAGCCGCAGAGCAAGUCCGCCUUCCCGCUCAGCCGCAAGAACAAGGGCAGCGGCUCCACGGACGCCUGAGCCCCGGCCCGGACCCCGGACCCCGGCAGCCUCCACCGCUGUCACCGGCUCCGGCCCCAGAGGGCCAGGGAGGACCGAGGGGACCGAGGCGGGGAGAUCUAGGCACCGGAGGGGGAGAUCGUGCCAGCUGUGCUGGUUGGCCCCUGCAACCAACCUCCUGGUUGGUCCUGGGGUGGCCGGCCUCGGUCUCCCCCCACGCUGCCCCAACUCUGUUCUUUAAGUUCUUUUUCAGCCCCAGUGUAUUUGUAGCAAAACGGAGGGUGCACAAGAGCCAAGGCCCCCCACUGUGGCAUUGAAACACCUCUCUCCGUCUCUCGUGCCUCACCAGGACCCUCACCCUGCCCCUCGGGGCCCUGACACUCUGCUCUGAGGGGGUUUUUGUUAUAAGAGAGUUUGCUAUAAAGAGGUUAUGCUACA